AUGCCGGUUCGUGGUGUAUCGAUCGAACAGGACUCGCGUUUCAAAAACAAAGAAGAAGUCUUGCUCAAGUCAACUCGGUUCCCCUCGGUGUUUAAUGAGCGUGUUGACAUGUCCAAGGUGAGUGUGCCCGUCAUGCGGCCUUGGAUUGAGACGCGCGUCGAGCAAAUGAUGGGCUUUGAGGACGAUGUCCUUGUAGAAUUUAUCGUGGGCCUACUUGAAGGCGAACAAUUCCCUGAUCCACGCAAGAUGCAAAUCGCCUUAACCGGCUUUCUGGAGAAACGCGCUGCGCCUUUUAUGAACGAGUUGUGGCAGCACCUGGUCUCCGCACAGACGUCGGUGGGCGGUGUGCCCCGAGCCUUUGUGGAACAGAAGAAGCGCGAAAUGCAGGCAAUGCGGGGCGACAAUGCCGCUGCGAUGGAUCAUGUUCGACGACAAGCGCCUGCGUCGUACGAGGCGCGUGGUCAUUCAACGGAAGAGCGUCGCUGGGACCGUGGCCGGCCACCGAUCUCUGCAGCAGAUCGUCGGCCACGACGUUCGCCUGAUGAAUUUGUCGAUAAGAAUGGCAACCGAACACGUCGCGAACGUGAUGCUGGCUGGGGCGCUCGUGCACAGCGCGGUCCCUAUCCUGAGGACCGUGGGCGGUCGUAUCGCGAUGAAUUCGGUAGAGAACGAAUUCGUCACUCUUAUCAUGAUACAUCACGAGAACGCUCACCUUCUCGAUCGUACGAGGCACAUACCCCACCGUCUGCUCGUCGCGGCGACGAUUCACCUCGCUAUAGUCCUCCACCCGCGCGCGAACGGAGUCGUUCGCCUUAG